AUGUUGCCGGUUUGGAUGGUGAAAAAGGUGCAAGUACCCCAAAUGAUGGCCAUCAAGUGGGUUUUCGAAACUGAAUGUAAAAAUCGGUUUUUCGCACUUGGGUUUGGAGUGUCGGUGUUGAAAAAUGAAGAGAGUGAACGAGGAGAAGGGGAGUCGUUUGUGGAAGCAAGGCCAAGUGGCGACCAGAGUUCUUCUAAGAGAAGCAGAGUUGCAGAAGUUCAUAAUUUGUCUAAAAAGAGGAUGAGGAGUAGGAUCAAUGAGAAAAUGAAGGCAUUGCAAAAUCUCAUCCCAAAUUCUAACAAGACGGACAAGGCUUCGAUGCUUGAUGAAGCCAUUGAGUACCUCAAGCAGCUUCAGCUUCAAGUUCAGAUUCACGCCAGGAAAGACGCUUCCAGUAUGGGGGAUCUCGCAUGUAGGUGA